AUGGUCCUGCUGUUUCACGGUGCGAACAAAGACGCGUGGGACGGCUGUGGGCAGACGGCUUUGCAGAUUGCCGCCACAUAUGGUGAAGCAGCUGUUGUGAACCUGCUGUUGCGGUUGGAGGCGGACCGGUCUGCUGCCAGCUAUGCUAGGCUGCCGCACCACAUCACAGAAGCUGCCAGUGGUUGUCUGCAUAUACCAGUUGUCGAGGUGCCACUGUGUAGCACUGUUUGUUGCGAGUACAAGGAUGAGAUCUCAGACGGGAAGAGAGAUGCGGCAAAGCCACAGGCACCUGCAGAGACGUGUAAGCCCCCUCUCCUUAAGGAGGCUUGUGAAGACCAGUCAGUCCAGGGUUUUACAUUGGAGGAUGGCAGAUGUCACAAAGGGGGGACACAUGAAGCUGCCAAGUAUGGAAACUUGGCUGAACUGUUCGAGAUCCUGCAACAUGGAAUGGACAUCAACAGCCGGUGUGAAAAUGGCUACACUGCAAUUCACAGAAAGGCAAAGUGUGGCGACACCUCAGCUGUAAACUGGCUGCUGGAGUCAGGUGCCAAUGUCACUGUGUGGGGUGACUGGCAGCAGACUACCCUCCACGUAGCAGCAGCAUACGGCAGACAGGGUGUCGUGAUGGUCCUGCUGUUUCACGGUGCGGACAAAGACGCGUGGGACGGCUGUGGGCAGACUGCUUUGCAGAUUGCCGCCACAUGUGGUGAAGCAGCUGUCAAAUACGGUGGGAAGAAAGUUUAUGUUGCAGAUAAAGUGGAAGACGUUACCCGACAAUCACCACGAAAGUUCGACGUAGCAGCAAGUGGGCAAGGAAUAUAA